GACAUCGCCUUACUUCUUCAACGCCGGCCUGUUCACAACUGGGGAAGCCUUGGCGAAGCUUGGGGAGUUUUACGCUGACGCAAUCAUUGCAUCUCGCGUCGAGUUUGAUUGUAUCUUCGGCCCUGCGUAUAAGGGCAUCACCUUGGCCGCCGCGAUCGCCAUCGCUUUGUACAAAAACCACGGGCGGAGCGUGCCUUAUGCCUACAAUCGCAAGGAAGCCAAGGAUCACGGCGAGGGUGGGCUGAUUGUCGGAAAGCUCACUGGCCGUGUGCUAAUCGUGGAUGACGUCAUCACAGCGGGGACUGCGAUACGCGAGUCGAUGGACCUCCUGGCAGCACAGCGGGAGCUGCAGGUGGUCGGGGUCGUGGUGGCGAUGGACCGGCAAGAGAAGGUCAAGGAGGAAGAGAAUGUCUCAGCCAUCCAGCAGGUGGAGAGAGACUUCGGCAUCCCGGUUUUGAGCAUCGCGAAGAUGGAGGACCUGAUCACGUUCAUCGACAAACAGUACAAGCAAGAUGAUCGAGAGUCACUCCUGCAGAACAUCAAGGAGUACCGAGAAAAGUUCGGCGUGAGCGCUUGA